GCGGCCUGUGGCGCUGCCCGGCCCCCCGUGGCGAGCGGGGCGGGCUGGUGCCCGGUGCCCGCCGCCGGGUGGGCGCUCCGCGGCGGCCCGCAGGGGCGGCUCAGGGGAGGUGCCGAGGCUCCCCGGGCAGUUCGGGGUGCGAGGCCCUCCCUGCCGGGCCGGGCUGUGUCCGGCGGGGUAGUGGCUCCCCCCGCACGCUCCCCGCGGCAGCCCUUCCCUGUCCCCCGUGGGGACCUGGGGGGGCUCAGCCUGCCUGGCCUUAGUCAGGGAUUUGAAAAAGAGCCCAUCGUUCAUGGCGAGCCGCUGUCAAAAGGCCGCGUCCGCUCUUGCUCCUUUUGCUUUUCAUUCCUGAACGUCAUUCUUGCGUCAUUUUUUGCACAGUUAAGGCUGUGAAGCAUUUCUUUUCGUGGACUGUUAGACUGAGCAAUGCCCAGACUCUUCUGGACUGUCACCUUUUGUUCCUCUCUGCUGGCACAGCUGUUUUUGUAGCGGUUGUUCUAGAACCCAUGGACAUAGUCUUUAGAAUAAGAGGAGGCUUGGAUCUUGCAUUUCAGCUAGCAACUACUGACGAGGCAUCAACAAAAAAGGCAUUAGGAUAUGUUUUCAGUGAUCUUGCAAGCAAACUGUCUUCAGAUGUUCUUGUAUUAAGAAUUUGCCACAGUUCGGUUUAUGUGUGGCCUAACAAUGGUAUGAACACUGUUCCAGAGCUGACUGAUGAUUCUGCUUGUAAGGAGAUAAGACGAUUUAUACAAUUUGAUCAAGACGAUGAGACCAAACGGAAGCUUGGCAAAAAAAAGGAUAAAAAGCUACAAGAUACGCAGCAGAUAGUCAACAUAGACCUCAUGUUGGAAAUGACAUCUCCAUUAGCUGCUCUGGCUCCAGUCAUUGAAAGGGAAAAUAAGGAGCACCACUACAUUAAUAUGACAUUGCCAGUUGAUGUUGUUGUAUCUGUUUCUCCAGAAGAAACAUGGGGAAAGGUACAGAAUCUCCUAGUGGAAGCAAUUCACAGACAAUUAACUGACAUGGAAAGAUGCAUCAUGAAAUAUAUGAAGGGAACGUCAAUUACCGUACCAGAACAAUUUCAUUUCAUGUUACCAGGAAAAAAUCAUCUUGUAACUGUCUCAUAUCCUACAGGUAUUUCAGAUGAUCAGUUGGAAAGUUACAGAAAGGAAUUACAUGAGUUAUUCAAUCUGCCUUGUGACAGACCGUAUUUCAAGAGAGCAAAUGCUUAUCAUUUUCCAGAUGAACCAUAUAAAGAUGGAUAUCUCAGAAACCCACAUUUACAUCUUAAUUCACCUGGUACAGAGUCUGGUAUGGUUUAUUUAGUACAUGGUGUAUAUAGUUAUCACCACUAUAUGCAGGAUCGGUUUGAUGACAGUGGUUGGGGCUGCGCCUAUCGGUCUUUGCAGACAAUCUGUUCUUGGUUCAAGCACCAAGGUUACAUUGAUACAGCUAUACCAACACACAAGGAAAUCCAACAGGCACUGGUUGAUGCUGGAGACAAACCCGCAGCGUUUGUUGGGUCACGGCAGUGGAUUGGCUCAAUUGAGGUACAGCUUGUUCUGAAUCAGCUUUUUGGAAUAACAUCAAAAAUAUUAUUUGUCAGCCAGGGUUCUGAACUAGCGUUGCAGGGAAGAGAGCUUGCCAAUCAUUUCAAGACUGAAGGAACUCCAGUUAUGAUCGGUGGAGGUGUUUUGGCUCACACGAUAUUGGGAGUGGCUUGGAAUGAGAUUACAGGGCACAUAAAAUAUUUGAUUCUAGACCCGCAUUACACUGGAGGAGAAGAUCUGCAUGUUAUUUUGGAGAAGGGCUGGUGUGGAUGGAAGGGCCUGGAUUUUUGGAACAAGGACGCCUACUAUAACUUGUGCCUACCUCAACGACCAAAAACUAUUUAAAUUCCACUCUUAUGCUGGAACAUGCUAAGCCAGAAUGCUAGCUGAUCUAGGUAGAACUCUUGUUAUUUAUCAGAAUAAUGCUUUAAGUCAAUCAAAACCCAGUUGAAAUAGAAAUAUUGCUUGAGUAAUUUAAAUUAAGAGAUUUUUUUUUAAAUGAAACGUCUAAAAAUAAGAGUCUUCUGCUGUGAACUGUAUUUCUUACAAAUACAUUUAUAAAUAACAUACUUUUCUUUUGGCUAGGACAACUUUAUGUUUAUAUAGCAUUUUUUAUUAUGCUAAGAUCUUUACAGAGUAAAUGCCCAUCCUUUUAUGGAAUUCUGUCUUGCCAAACAGAUGAACCAUCCUCUACCUUUCAUUGUCCAUAUAGCCACCUGUCUUCUGCACUAUGAAUCUGUUCAAAGGCACCGUUUGCUGCUGGUACUGUUGAUAACAGCAUUUUAGAAAAGGAGUGAGAGAAAAUGGCUCUAUGUACUGAACUUUGUGAACUUUGUUCUUAUAUUUCCAUAGAAAAAAUGUGAGAGAAUUAAUUGGUAUAUGCUCAUUUAUUUAUAGCUGUAUUAAUACAACUAUUCUAGAAAAAAAGUCUUCUGUAAGAAGUAAAAAUAAACAAGCUUUCCUCCUUCUCAGGAGACAGUGUACCAGCAUA